CUAAGCUGCCCCAGCGGGGAGCGCUGCAGCUCGGGCCCCUCCCGCCAAGCGCCUGGGAGCCGGUGGCUUCCUUUGGGUUCCCGCCCUGGGACGGGAGGCUCUGUCCGUUCCCGGGGCAGCCAGGGCGCUCCCUCGGUCUCCCUCCCCGCGCGCUCCUCCCCCGUCCGUUUGCAGGGAGGUGCUCUCCUCGGGCCGCGGGGAAGGCGGGCUGGACUGCUGCUCCUCCUGCUAUGAUGCCUGGGCAGAUCCCGGACCCUUCCGUGACUGCGGGCUCUCUGCCAGGGCUCGGCCCCCUGACGGGACUCCCAAGCUCAGCUCUGACUGCAGAGGAGCUGAAAUACGCCGACAUCCGCAACAUUGGGGCCAUGAUCGCCCCGUUGCACUUCCUGGAGGUGAAACUGGGCAAGAGACCCCAACCGGUGAAAAGUGAGCUAGACGAGGAAGAGGAGCGAAGGAAAAGGCGCCGGGAGAAGAACAAAGUCGCAGCGGCCCGAUGCCGGAACAAGAAGAAGGAGCGGACGGAGUUUCUGCAGCGGGAAUCUGAGCGGCUGGAGCUCAUGAACGCAGAGCUGAAAACCCAGAUCGAAGAGCUGAAGCAGGAGCGGCAGCAGCUCAUCCUGAUGCUGAACAGGCAUCGCCCCACCUGCAUCGUCCGGACCGACAGCGUCAAGACGCCAGAGUCAGAAGGCAACCCGCUGCUGGAGCAGCUGGAGAAGAAGUGAUCAUGGGCUGGGAGGUGGUAGAGGAGGAGGAGGAGGAGACAAGGAAGAGGGAAGAGGAGGAGGGGCCCAGAGUGCUCUUCUUUGCUGUGUGAAAAACUUUUCAACGAGGCUCAGCACAGCCAACAGAUCGGCCGGGCUUUUUGGUGGAACUGAGAUCAGCCACACCAGGGGAAGCCCAGGCUGAUGAAACCCAGGACCAAGCGUUGAGACCAAAGUAGCCCCGCCGGUGGGGCUGUCCUGCCUGGGGCCAGGCUUGAAGGAGGCAGGACAGAGGCUCUGGGCCGGAGAAACGCCCAACCAGGCAGCCCAGGGCACUUCUCCGGCCUCUCUGCCAGGGCACGCACCCAAGGGACCUCCGAGCAGCCAGGAAAAGCCAUGAGUUGCAACCAAAAUGCGGCUGAGGAUGGAACUCAGCGUGAAACUGCAAUCUGCCUGCCCCCAGUCCUGACCCCUGACCCCGACGUGAGUCUAGAGAGGGGUGUGAUGUGGGGCCCUGCUGCCCCCACACACCUCGGUCCAGCGCGGCCCUGCCCAGGAGCGGCAGCCGGGGCGCACCCUCGCCGGCCCCGCUGGAGUUGCUGUGGGCACGAGGCGCGGGCGCCCUUCCAAAGCACAUACUCACUGAAUGUUUACAGACUGGCUGUCCUGGCAGGGCUUUCAACUGCACAUGUUUUUUAUACUUUCUUUUUUUUUUUAAUAUUUUUUACAAAAAAAAAAGAUUUUAUACAAGCAAUAUAUAUAUGGAUUUCUAUAAUCACUCGAUGUGAUACAGUAUAAAUAUGCUAUGGUUUAUUUGUUACGAACAGAUAUCCAGCAAUUAAGGCCGUUGUGUGUAACUCCUAAGUACUGUAGUCUCUGGGUGUUGGGGGUGGCCGGGAGGGGGUGGGGUGCAUUUCCAUCCUGGUAAACCCUUCAUAGUACUCAGUCCUGUAUCGCUCAGUAAACGUUACUCUUACUUA